AAAAGAGCCUUUGGAUCCCAAACCACCUUAAACUACUGUCUUCUCUGACCUUGUCUUUUAGCAGAGAACUCUCCCGUCUUUCCCUCCAGAUCCGUCUACUCCUCUAGUCUGGCUUUGCUAUUCACCACUUUUCUGAAGCCAUUCUCUCAUAGACACCAGUGAGGUUUCCACCUGCCAAAUCCAAGAUACACCUCCCAAUCCCAAUUUUACCUGGCCUCUUUUUACUACUGGGAGCUGCUCCCACAUUCUCGAAGCCCCCCAGCUUGGUUUGCAGGGCCUGCCUUCUUCUGGCCUCCGUCUUGAGUCCACACUGCCUCCCAGACUUCCGGGGCUCUGACCCCCCUAGUUCGAUGCUGGGCUCCACCCACACCACCCUUGAAUGCUGACCACCCCAGUCUCUCCUUCCAUCCAGUAGGUGAGAAAGAUCUUUCUCUGGUCCUUCCCAAAGUACCUGUUUCCCCAAACAGUCUCCCUCUGUUUUGUUAAGGGUGUCACAUCCACCCUGAUGCCCCAGCUGAGAUUCCUCCCUUGCCCCCACCAUUGAACCCCAUCUCCAUGAAGUUUUGCCUUUUUUCCUCCCAACCCUGCCCAGGUCUUCCCACUGGUUUCAGGCUUCAGGCUACUCAGCCUUCAUCCUUCUAGUCCCCAGCUGCUCCCUACACUGGACUCAAGGAUGCUGAGAAGGGGGUCAUGCUUAGGGUGGGAGGGGUCUUUUUGAGUUGAAGGGUAGCUGGGCUGGAGUAUGUGGGGAGUGGGGGCAGUGCAGGAACUAGGGUCAGACAUGAGAGGUAAGAAGGCACUCACUCUCAGGGUCCUGCAUUUACUGAUACUGCACUUAAAUUACUAGGUGCAUCCCUGGCCUCACCCUAGUCUCAGCCCUGCAUGUGGGGACAGACUGGCUCUAGGGAGGGAGGUGGUACAGUACUCUUCUCCACCCCUGGGGGGCAGAUGCUGAGAGAAUGGAAUUUUACAAAGGCAGUGGGGACUGGCUUGGAAGUGAACUUCCCAACCACUUAAAGCUGUAAUUCCAGGUGUGGUAGCCAAAAGACUCCUGAAGGGCAAGAUUUUUGUCAGGAUCCCCUGGUCUGGGGCCUAAUAGCAAGGCCACGGCAUGAGAAUAGGCAUCUGGGUAGAAGACAGUCUGAGGGGCACUGAGGUGCCACCUGGACCCCUUCAUCUUCGUAGAGAAGGAGGGCUCCUUGCCUGGUUUCUCAUGGGAGUAGAGGGUAAAAGCCUGAAGGGUGCCCCUGCCACCUCUGACAAACGUAUUUGAGGGUCUACAUCCACGGCUGGCACUGCCUGGUGCCUUUGCCUCGCUAGAUUAUGCGGAUCUCUGGGGCAGGUGUUUCCAGGUGUGGAUUUGAGACAAAAGAACCAGGAAGCGGGGCCUCCCAGAGCACAGGUAACCCGAGGCCCUGUCGCCCUGCUUGCGCUGCUCCCCCUGCUCUUGUGGGCUGGCCUUAGGGGAGGGAGGGGGGGCGCACGCUCACGGAAGGGCUCAGAGAACUUCGCGGUUCAGGGUCCAUAGAGAACGGGGGGAGGCAGUAAUCCAGGAAGUCUUCCCGGUGGCAGUGAAUUCUUAGUGGGGGAUCGGCCGCGCGGAAUCCCCUGCGGGCGCAGCUGGGUGCAGAAGCCCCGCCCCUCGCCCCGCCCACCUGUGGGAAACGCUGGCCGGGAGGGAGGCAAGGCCCGCGCCCGCAGCUGGCUGCACCUCGUCCUCUGCCCCGGCCUCAGCCAGCGCCCGGGCUUCUGCAGGGGUACUGACCUUGGCAAAGGGGCCCCUCGUGCGGCCGAGUUGGGGAGACCUCGGGAAGAUCCCCUCGCCAGGCGCGACUGCCGCGGUCCCCGGCCGUCUGCGGGGGGUGGGGCUUGCCUGAGGUGGCGCCCACAGGCGACCCACGGGCGCGCGGCAGCUGCAGCUCCCGCCUUCCCGCACCGAGACCUCGGUCCUCUCCAGCGCCCGCCGCCUCGGGGCGCCUGACACGCGGCAGCUCCACGAGUGCCCCCUUGGCUUAGUCAUGGCGAAGCUGGAGACACUGCCUGUGCGUGCUGACCCAGGGCGGGAUCCUCUCCUGGCCUUUGCCCCUCGGCCCUCUGAGCUCGGACCCCCAGACCCUCGCCUGGCCAUGGGCAGUGUGGGCAGUGGGGUGGCCCAUGCCCAGGAGUUCGCCAUGAAGAGUGUGGGCACCCGCACAGGGGGUGGGGGCAGCCAGGGCAGUUUCCCCGGCCCCCGCAGCAGUGGUGGUGGGGCGAGCAGGGAGAGGCCAGGCCGCUACCCCUCAGAAGACAAGGCUCUCGCCAACUCCCUCUACCUCAACGGCGAGCUGCGGGGCAGUGACCACACUGAUGUCUGCGGCAAUGUGGUGGGCAGCAGUGGUGGCAGUAGCAGCAGCGGUGGCAGUGACAAGGCCCCACCACAGUAUCGUGAGCCCAGCCAUCCGCCCAAGCUCCUGGCCACCUCUGGCAAGCUAGACCAGUGCUCAGAGCCGCUAGUUCGGCCUUCAGCCUUCAAGCCCGUUGUACCCAAGAACUUCCACUCCAUGCAGAACUUGUGCCCCCCGCAAACCAAUGGUACUCCUGAGGGGCGACAGGGUCCUGGUGGUCUCAAGGGCGGACUAGACAAGUCUCGGACCAUGACCCCAGCGGGCGGGGGUGGGGGCGGCCUCUCAGACUCCGGCCGGAACUCACUCACAAGCCUGCCCACCUACAGCUCCAGCUAUAGCCAGCACCUGGCGCCCCUCAGUGCCUCCACCAGCCACAUCAACCGCAUCGGCACUGCCAGCUAUGGUGGUGGCAGCGGCGGCAGCAGCGGUGGUGGCUCGGGCUACCAGGACCUGGGAACCUCCGACAGUGGGCGGGCCUCCAGCAAGAGUGGGUCGUCGUCCUCCAUGGGUCGGCCAGGCCACCUGGGGUCUGGGGAGGGCGGAGGUGGAGGCCUGCCCUUCGCGGCCUGCUCACCACCCUCGCCCAGUGCUCUGAUCCAGGAGCUAGAGGAGCGGCUGUGGGAGAAGGAGCAGGAGGUGGCAGCCCUGCGGCGGAGCCUGGAACAGAGCGAGGCCGCGGUGGCCCAGGUGCUGGAGGAGCGGCAGAAGGCGUGGGAGCGCGAGCUGGCUGAGCUGCGGCAGGGCUGCAGUGGGAAGCUGCAGCAGGUGGCCCGCCGCGCCCAGCGCGCCCAGCAGGGCCUACAGCUGCAGGUGCUGCGACUGCAGCAGGACAAGAAGCAGCUGCAGGAGGAGGCAGCCCGGCUGAUGCGGCAGCGGGAAGAGCUUGAGGACAAGGUGGCCGCCUGCCAGAAGGAGCAGGCUGACUUCCUGCCCCGGAUGGAGGAAACUAAGUGGGAGGUGUGCCAGAAGGCAGGGGAGAUCUCCCUCCUGAAGCAGCAGCUGAAGGACUCGCAGGCCGACGUGUCCCAGAAGCUGAGCGAGAUCGUGGGGCUGCGCUCGCAGCUGCGGGAGGGCCGGGCCUCGCUGCGGGAGAAGGAGGAGCAGCUGCUCAGCCUGAGGGACUCCUUCGGCAGCAAACAGGCCAGCCUGGAGCUGGGUGAGGCCGAGCUGCCCGCGGCCUGCCUCAAACCUGCGCUGACCCCCGUGGACCCGGCGGAGCCCCAGGAUGCCCUGGCCACGUGCGAGAGCGACGAGGCCAAGAUGCGCCGGCAGGCCGGGGUGGCCGCCGCCGCCUCGUUGGUUUCCUUGGACGGGGAGGCGGAUGCUGGCGGGGAGAGCGGGACGCGGGCCCUGCGGCGGGAGGUGGGGAGGCUGCAGGCCGAGCUGGCGGCCGAGCGGCGAGCCCGGGAGCGCCAGGGAGCCAGCUUCGCGGAGGAGCGCCGCGUGUGGCUGGAGGAGAAGGAGAAGGUCAUCGAGUACCAGAAGCAGCUGCAGCUGAGUUACGUGGAGAUGUACCAGCGCAACCAGCAGCUGGAGCGGCGGCUGCGGGAGCGCGGGGCUGCGGGGGGCGCCAGCACACCCACCCCGCAACACGGCGAGGAGAAGAAAGCCUGGACGCCCUCCCGCCUCGAGCGCAUUGAGUCCACAGAAAUCUGACCCCCCCCCCCCCCCAACAUGGGCAUGUGGCCUUUUGACAAAUGCCCUGUCAAAGGCCAGAGUCCACAGUGUCUCCUCCCCACCUUCUCUCUUCCCCAUGUCCCCCAUGUCCCCAGACCAAAGAGGUUCUCAAAGCAGCUGUGACCAGACCCCUCCCCUCCCCCCACUGGGGGCCCUCCAGGCCCUAUGGCUAGGCAACCCACUCGGACCCUCCUCCCAAGGAGGGGAUAGAGGGAGGCAGAAUGAGUGGGGGUUGAGGGGCCCAGGCAGCAGGGGAGCCCAUGCUCCCCUUAUUAGUGCUGCUUUGUUAGAGAUGGAGAUAGCAGGCCUGAAGUGCCAUGAGGUGCCCCAGCCCCUUGGUAGGUCUGGGCUCCUACUGUUGGCCACCCCGGUGUCCAGUGAUGCUCUCUGUUGUCACCUCCUAGGCCAUGUAGUCUGAGAGGGCCUGCAUGGGAUCUGCUGAAGCUGACAGACCUUGGGCUCCUGGCCUCUCUCCUUCCUGCUCUAUUACCCCUCCCUGGGCAGAUUGGCAGGACAAGUGGGAGCAGAUGGCCUGUCUGUGGUUGAGAGGGCUACUUGCCCAGCCCCUCCCCCGCCAAGGUCUCUUGGGCUUAGGCCUCAGAGCCUGGCCUGGUCCUGAGUGUAUGUCCGUAUGUGCGUAUCAGGCCGGAGGGGAGGCUGGGGUGGAGGUUCAGUGCCCGGGGAAGAUCUGCCCUCCUGUACUUGGGAAGGUUCACCUGGAGGCUUUUUAGCUCUACCCCACCCUUCCGGCCAGGAUCCCACAGGGUGAUAGCCCCAUCUGCUUGGCUCACCCCACACCCAGGGCCACUGUCCGGCUCUAACUACAGCUAGUAAGUGCUACCUGCCUCUCAGGCACUCCCCUCACCCAGUUUCUGAGGUCAUAUGAGUGUCUGUGAUGUCUUCCUGUGUCUUCUCCCACUCGAUUCCCCCAGCCUCCCUCUGCUUUCACGCUCAGAACAUCAUUGUCCUAGGCCGCCUCUUCCCCCCAAACCUCACCUUUUCUUCCAGUAGAAAAUUCUGCUUGAUCUUUGGUGCACUGCCCACUUCCAAGCUCCAAUGGGCCCAAGCCUGAGCCAGAGGCCUUUGUUUUGGGGGGCGAGGGGGAUGGUUGUGAUUGCCUUUGAAGGACAAAGCUGACCUGAGAGGAAUACUGACCCCUGAGUUCCCAGGACCCUGGGUUUGCCCAGGGUAGGCCUGCAUGGCCAUCAGUGGGGGCUGGGACAGCAAUGUCACUUCCCUCUCGGUAUCCUCUCAGAGUCUAUCUCCGUAAGACAGGAAGGGAAAGGCAAAUUUCUAAUUCACCAGCAAUAAAAAUUAGAGGAGGCUUGGCCCUCAACCCUUGUAUUUCUCUCUUUUCACUCUCUUCCUCCCACCCCCAAGACUGGGUUUGGAGGGCAGGGUGGAGAGAGCUGGCAACUACUGUGAGCAAGUUCCCCAACCCCUGACCAGCCUCCUCCCAUGACUGGUGACUGUUUAAUGAGCUGUGCGUCCCCCACAAAAACAAGAGUGCCCCUCUGUGUGGCCUCUGUCCCUCUGCACAGCCCCUUCCCGGUGACCCUCACCAGAUCUCUGAACUGGUUGGGGGAGCCAUCCUGGUAAUCACUGCCCAUUCCACUCACCCCUCACUGCACCUGCCCCAGAACCUGGGCCUAGGCCAGAGGGGCAGGGGGAAGAGAAGGCAUUAGUAGGAAAAAAAAAAAAUAGAAAAAAAAAAAAAAUGAACAGACUCAGCUUUGGGACUUCCAACCACAAAAGAAAUUAUAUAUAAAUAUAUAUAAAUAUAUAUCUCUACCAUAUGUGAUGGAAAGACUUCGUUUUCUUUUCCCAAAGAAAUAAAAUGGAGAAAGCCUCUUGA